AUCCUUAAACUGAGUUCCCCUCCAGCCCCGAGCCGGGAGCAGCUCUCAGUACCGGGUGAAGCACAGAUCGCUUGAGCUAUUUCAGCCACAUGAAAAGCAUCGGAACCGAGAUCACAGCUCAGAGGACACCCGGCGUCCCUUCCACUCACUGAGGAGCCUUGUAUCCUUGUACCUGGCUGCCUGGGACUUUCCUCAGGCAGGAAGCAAGUACAUAAAGCAGGGAUAAGACUGCGUCAAUAUGUCGAAACAGCCAGUUUCCAAUGUCAGAGCCAUCCAGGCAAAUAUCAAUAUCCCAAUGGGAGCCUUUCGGCCAGGAGCUGGGCAACCCCCCAGAAGAAAAGGAUGUACUCCGGAGACGGAGGAGGGUGCUCCUCCCACUUCGGACGAGGAGAAGAAGCCAAUUCCAGGAGCUAAGAAACUUCCAGCGGUCAACCUAUCGGAGAUCCAGAACAUUAAAAGUGAACUGAAGUAUGUCCCCAAAGCCGAACAGUAGUUGGAAGAAAAAAGGGUGAAGACAAAAACAGGACAAAAGCAGAGAGUAACAGCAGAAAUCAGACCGAUGGAAGCGUGAUCCUCCUUAGGAGCUACUGUCUCAUUAAUCCAAGAUGAAAGGCAGUGAUCAACCAGAGAAGACUCCCUAGAAGAAACACAGAAUUUUUCUUCUGUAAAAAUCAGUUUCUGAAAACACACACACACACACACACAUUUUUAAGCACAAAACUCAGAAUUGUGAUAAAUACUAUCAGCUCCUUUGUUUUCAGGAUCCUCUUUGAAACAGCCAUCUUCUAAAAAGGACAGCAACCAGAAAGAAACUGCUUCUAUAAUCUCUCUCCCUUUUUGAACAGUUAAAAAACAACAAGGCCUGUCAUCUCUGAUCAACAUAACUAGUCAGGAAACAGGACGACUUUCUCUCUGCCUGACCUGUUUUGUCUAAUGGGGUCCACUCUUUCACCCUCUGACAAGCCACCUUUUCUUCUGUGGUGGCUUGUCAUUUAUAGCAGGGCUGUAUUAAUGGUUAAAUCAUUAG